CAGGAUGAGGACAUGCUGUUUCCAGGUUUCGAGAACUCAUCGUUGCUCGCAUGGCCAUGUGGCAUACGGGCCUUGUCUACGCGUGUGGUGGGUGGAAAGGACACGGAGCUCGGGCGCUGGCCGUGGCAGGGCAGCCUGCGCGUAUGGGGUUCCCACGUCUGUGGAGCGAGCCUGCUCAACCGGCGCUGGGUGCUCUCUGCAGCACACUGCUUCGAACAGUACAAUAACCCCUAUGAGUGGACAGUCCAGUUUGGUGAGCUGUCUGCCUUUCCGUCUAUCUGGAACCUGCAGGCCUACUUCAACCGUUACCAGGUGGAGGAGAUCAUUGUGAGCCCCAUGUAUCUUGGGGCUUCAGCCUAUGACAUUGCCCUGCUGAGGCUGUCAUCCUCUGUCACCUACAAUAAGUACAUCCAGCCCGUCUGUAUUCUGGCCUCUUCCACUGAGUUCCAGAACCGGAGUGACUGCUGGGUGACUGGCUGGGGGGACAUCGAAGAAGAGCAGGAGCUGCCAGCCCCCUACACCCUCCAGGAAGUACAGGUCGGCAUCAUAAACACCACCAUGUGUAACAACCUCUACUCACAGCCUGUUUUCACCUAUGACAUCUGGGGAGACAUGAUUUGUGCCGGCGAUGUGCAAGGUGGAAAAGACGCCUGCUUCGCCAGGCUCACCCAUGCUGCUCCCCAGGGUGACUCAGGUGGACCCAUGACCUGCGAAAAGAAAGGGCUGUGGUAUCAGGUUGGAAUCGUGAGUUGGGGAGUGGGCUGUGGUAGGCCCAACCUGCCUGGUAUCUACACCAACGUCAGUAGGCACUUCAACUGGAUCCGGAUGCUGAUGGUCCGCAGCGACACUCACGUGCCAGAGCCCUGGCUGCUGCUGCUGCUGCUGCUGGUGCUCCGCCCCCUGCUCUGACUGCCCUGUUCCUGCAGCUGGCCUGAGCCUAACAGCCCCUGAGCAGGCCGUCUGCUGCAUCAGGCCCAGCCCCCUUCUGUCCCACUUCUAAUAAACACGUUUGCAUGUUCGAGUUGAUGUCUUGCAGAGAA